AUGCAGAGGAAAUCAAGAACCUUGCCCGAAAAAGGGAAGUGUCGACCAAAAGCCAGAUACUUUCCCUUCGUCCAUUUUUGGAUAUACGCAUGGCCCUUUGCGAGUCGGAGGACGCCUGCACGAAGCUCCGUUGGAUUACGACCAAAAACACCCCAUAAUACUACCAAGAAAUCUCAUCUCACAUCCUUGAUCAUAAGGGAAGCACACAUGAAGAACCUACACAUCGGAGCUCAAGCCCUCUUAGCAAUGAUUCGUCUUCGUUUCUGGCCCGUGUCGGGGAAAAAUGCCAUAAGGAAAGUGCUACACAAGUGCCUCGUCUGCACUCGAGCGCGCGCCAUAUCCGUCGAGCAAUUGAUGGGAAAUUUGCCUGCAUCGCGAGUGACGCCCUCGCCCCCUUUUGCUAAAACGGGUGUGGACUACGCCGGGCCUUUUAAUAUAAAAAUAAGCCGCAACAAAACCGGCAAGGCUUAUUUAUGUGUAUUCGUAUGUUUUGUAACCAAGGCCUUACACUUAGAAGUUGUUUCAGAUCUCAGUACUGCUGCCUUUUUGAAUACCCUGAGGAGAUUCAUAGCUAGGCGCGGGAAAUGCUUCGCAAUUUACUCUGACCACGGAACAAAUUUCGUGGGUGCCAACAAUUCCUUAAAGGAAAUGCAUCAAUUAGUCAAAGAAAGCAGCUCAAAAAUUCAUGAUUAUCUGUCAGAGCAGUCAAUUAGCUGGAAUUUUAUUCCUCCGCAAUCACCGCACAUGGGAGGUCUCUGGGAGUCCGCGGUCAAGUCGUGCAAAAACCAUUUAACCAAAGUCGCAGGUCUGACUUCGUUGACCUUUGAAGAACUCACGACUGUCGUAACUCAGGUAGAGGCCAUAUUGAAUUCCAGGCCUUUAACACCCAUGUCCGCGGACCCCACAGACCUCAAUGCUUUGACUCCCGGUCAUUUUUUGAUCGGCCGGUCACUCGCCUCUAUUGUUGAACCUGAUGUGUUAGACGUUAAGAUGAAUCGUUUGAAUCGCUAUCAAGUUUUGGAGCAGAUGCGUCAGAGCUUCUGGAAGCGAUGGUCGACUGAAUAUUUGACACAGCUUCAGCAUCGCACCAAGUGGAAAGAAGUUCAAGCUAUUGUAAGGGAAGGGACUAUGGUUGUUUUGCGUGAGCAAGGUACUCCGCCUUUGAAUUGGCGACUCGGGAGAAUAACAGAAGUGCAUCCUGGCAAGGAUGGUCUAGUACGAGUCGUAGAAGUAAAAACUACCACAGGCAUAUAUCAAAGGCCCUUAUCCAAAAUCUGCAUUUUACCUGUUGAAAUUUAA